AUGUGCAGAAGCGAAAGCAAGCUGGAGAACUUGUUCAAAACAGAUAGCGAGUCGUUCAUGAUGGAGAACUCUGUAGGAGCAGAGAGCGAGUUGAACUCAAUGGAAUUGUUCUUCUCGUCGUUAAAAGAAAUGGACGACAGCUUCAGCUCGUUCUGGAGCUUGCCAAAAAUCAAAAUUUCCAACGCGGAGUUCUUAAUGUUCAUGACCAAAAUCAGAGAGUCGCGACAAUUUGGAAUGUUGAAUAGCGAUCUGUUAUCUAUCACAACUGUGGUGGAGUCUUCACUUUGGGUCUCAUUUGAUUUUGUUGCCGAGUCUUGGCUAAUCAGCUGUUUAACCUUGGAAUCGUCCUUGUCGACGAUCUUGAGCUUGCAGCCUUGA